AAAAUGCCCGGGGGAUUGACGUAAGCCUGAUCGAAACAGCUUCGAUGAUAUAGACUGUGGAAUAUAAACUGGUAAGACAUCACGCACAGAACCGGGGGUUUUGACGCCACCGGGCGUGACAAUGCCGGAGGAUAGGUCCGGCAAAGUCACCCGUCAACAACCGACAUCGACAAACAAGAUAAACGCAGCUGUGCUAACACUAGCGACGUCGAGCACGAUCCAACUGCUUUACGACAAACUCAUCGAAUCUCGUAUUGUCAAGAAAGUUAAAGUAUUUAAAAUGACGGGUGGGGUUGUCGUGACUUCGCAGGACCUGGAAUUGUUCGACGUGGUUAUACUAUGCCAUUCUCGGAGAUGGAACUCUUCCGGUGGUUACCGACAGCGCUUCAAUGAAUUGACAGAACUUCCAUACCAGAGUUAUCAACACAUAUUGCGUGACGCUGAGCGUGUGAAAGGUAAAGAAUGCGUUAUCAUGGUGCUUCACGACAUGGACAUGACGAUGACAAUGGCAGAGAAGGAAGACAGGCGGCAAGAUUUUCUAGACAACUAUCACCAAACUAUGACCCGCUACGUUACGGAUGUCAUCAUUUGCGGCGAUAUCAGCAGCGUCAGCAGUUACUGUUUUGACGCGGUCACAGAAUUUGAUGACGAAAAUAUCAGACAACUGCACAGAUUUCUACGGCGGGCGAUGCGGGCAAUUAGUGACAAGCAACGUGAUAAAGAACUUAAAUCAGAAGAACUGACCCCAAAUGACGGGUGCUGUGUUUGCAGCAAUUGGAUACAGAGCUUACCCAAGUACGAGCUGUCAGUGGCAAAUCGGAUGACCCCAAACAAGGGUCAUGUCCAUUGCGACUGCUUACAAUUACUCGACAAGUUGUCCACCCUGGAAAUGGAAGAAAUGGAAAACGGUUUGGGGAAUGGUCUUGACUUCACCGGAUCAAAAGUGGUGGACCGUCGUGUUUUGUAA